AAUUUUCAUUUCUUUGGAAAAAAACAAAAAUUUUGAAAGUGCUUUUUUCUCAGCCAACGAAGAACAACUAUUACAGAAGAAGGUAAAAAAAACAAAAUUCACUCUCGAAUUACUACGAGUUUCAUUUUCAUUUUUCGCCGGAACCCUAAUUCAAAUCGCCAGAACUUGAAUCUACCGAUGACUGUAGAAUUGAGGAAUUGGUGAGAUCAAAAGAGCUGGAUUUCAUCGCCGGAUGGAGGGAGGUAGCGUCUCUAGACUUACUUGUACUGGGAUUCACCCAUGGAUUAUGAUGACAGUGAUUUUGAAAGCCAUAAUCUCCAUUUAGCUGGUGAAGGGAGCGCUAAAUUUCCUCCGGUAUUAAGACCAUAUGCUCUCCCUAAGUUUGAUUUUGACGAAAGCCUUCAAGCAAAUUCAAGAUUUGAUAGUUUGGUUGAAACUGAAGUUUUUCUUGGGAUUGAAAGUAACGAAGAUAACCAGUGGAUUGACGCAUUCUCCCGUGGGGGUAGUAGCAUAGAGUUCAACUCAACUGCUGCUGGAUCUUGCUCUAUAUCAAGGUAUGGCAAUGUGUGGUCUGAGGCCACUUCCUCAGAGUCUGUCGAAAUGCUUUUGAAAUCUGUUGGACAGGGGGAGUAUACUCCUAGGCAAACUGUUAUUCAGGAAUCAGAUGCUUGUGAUGAACUGUCCUGCUUAGCUAAGCAAAUGGACUCCAAUCCAAAACCUGAUGAUAGAAAUGAAUUUACAGAUAAUGUUACAGAUUUACAACUGCCCGGUGAUGCUCAUAUAAGUUUUUCUGGAUCUAAGAAGCCCGCAGGAAUUGAACAGUCUCAGACUGGAAUUUCCCAAAGUCAAGAAGGUGAAUUAUCCAUUGAGGGAAGUUCAGGUAUUCUGGAACCAAAUGAUAUGUUCCAAAAUAUUGACUUGCCUAUGUCUGAGCAUAGUCGAACCUUCUUUACCAAUGAUAAAUUUGACAUUACUAAUCAAAGAGAAGCUCAGACUGUGGCUGAUGACUCAGAUCAUUGUGAAACUCGUGAUUCAUCAGCACUUGUGGUGGAAACUAAUAUUACUGAUUUAUCUAUUCAAAAUAUGGUGGAUGAGAAGCAAAACCCUCAACUAACUGAAAGUAAUAAUCAAAAUUUGGAAUCUUCUAUGAUGAAGGAAGAAGCUGUUGUAGAUACACAGACUCUGGAUCAAAAUGCAGUUGAUGUUGAUGGCCAUCAUCCUGAUAGAUCUAUUUUUGCAAUACCCCCGCAAGAUUCUCUAGAAGGAGGUAGUGUAGUUAAAGGACUUGAUGCCGAGUUAAGUAGUUUAGAGGAUUCCAUGGGAACGAGAACUGUUGCAGUUUCUGACAUGCAGAAAGAAGAAAGGUGCAGUGAAGAUAUACGUUCCUGUGAUUUGACUUGGGCCAAAGCAAGUGAGAAUUCAGUCUCGCUUAAAGAUACGGUGAUGGAUGAUCAGUCUAUAUCAGAUACACGUACAUCGCCAAUGGUUUCAGUUAAAGAUGAUCCUGUCUCUGUCGGGCAGGUAGUUGAGGUAAGCAAUUCCAGUUAUGAUGUUUGUCCUAAUCUCCAGCAAACUAUAUCAGAUACACGAACAUUGCCAAUGGUUUCAGUUAAAGACGAUCCUGUCACUGUUGGGCAGGUAGUUGAGGUAAGCAAUUCCAGUUAUGAAGUUUGUCCUAAUCUCCAGCAAACUGUGGACGAUACAUGUACAUUGCCAAUGGUUUCAGUUAAAGAUGAUCCUGUCUCUGUCGGGCAGGUAGUUGAGGUAAGCAAUUCCAGUUAUGAAGUUUGUCCUAAUCUCCAGCAAACUAUGGACCUCACUGAGAAGGAAACUUACAGUGUGAGCAAUGUUCUUAAGGAAAAUGAGUCAUCAAACAUUGGAGGUGACCAUAUGGAUACAGGGAUUUUAUCAAGCAAGUCAGAGGCAUCUAUGUUUCCUGCAGAGCAAAAUAUCAUUUCUAGUGAAGGAAAUAAUGAAAUCAGGGUCGGAGAUUUUUCCGGUUUCAGUUUGGUGACUUCUUCAACAAACUCUUCCAUUGUGAGUGAGUCAACUCAAAUAUGUGUAAACAAUGAAUCUGAUAAGCAAAGUGACCUAGACAAAUUUGGCCAAGAUGUUUCUGUCAAUGAUGAAGAGAAUACAAAAAUUCGUUCUGAUUCUAGCCAAAUGCAUUCUGAUGUUGCCCAAUCCCAUCUUGGUGAUAAAGGAGUUGUUUCGUCACCUCUUAGUUUAAGUAGCUUGGAGUCUGAAUUGACAACUUCCACUGUCUCAAUCGACGCCAAACCUGUCAAUAUUUCAGCUUCACAAGUUAUUUCAGAAAAUAUUAGUUUGACAUCCUGUGAGAGAAUGAAUGAUCCACCUCCUAGUGAAUCUGUUUCAAUUCAUGGACCCACUGGCGACAACGAUAUUCAAAGAGUAACUACUGUUGAAUCAUCUUCUGCCGAGGUAAAAGAAGAAAAUGCAAUGAAAAUAACAGAGGAAACUGGAAUAUCGGCUCUUGUUGGGUCUUCUGAGCAGGAAACUACUCCUUAUCCUCCUGUUAAGGAAAUAGAAAAACUUCAUCCUCCUGGUACUUCUGGACAUCUGAUAAGUCACAGUAUGCUUGAUGUUGGAACUCAUGGUGCUGCAAUACUUGGUGAACUGCAAAGAACGGUAGAUGAGAAGGUUACCCAGGAAUGCACAAAAGAGUUUAGCGUGCCUCCAGUACUAUGUGAGUCAUUAGAGACACAGAGUGCUGGUGUCACGAUUUCUGUUAUUAAUGAUGACAAGGAGAUUUUACAGGAGACUCACGAUAAGUCAUCUCCGAAAGAGUUAGGUGACGUUUUACUUGGGAACAAAGAUUCCAUAUCUUCUCCUUUGCCGGACUCUCGUGUUGAGUUGCCUGAGACUGGAAGCUUUCUUGCCAGUAGUAUUUGCAGUCCCUCUAAUACAUUCAGAAGCCCUUCUCAAACCGAAAAGGAGGAAAAUCAAGGUAAGGCUUCUGCUAGUACAUUCAGAAGCCUUUCUCAAACCGAAAAGGAGGAUAAUCAAGGUAAGGCUUCUGCUAAUCAGAAUCGCGCAGAAUCUGUUUUAAAAAAUAGUGGCACACAUAAUACAUUGUCGGCUGCCCAAGUUCAAAAGAGGGAUACUGUAUCUAAAGAUGAGAGAAGCUCCUCUCCUGAGAUAAAUGUUGUGGUUAAUUUAUCCAAAAAGGACACAGCAGAUUUGGAUACAGAUGUUAGCAAGAGACAAUCAGCCCUUGUCAUCACAACCAACAAUGCAUCAAUAGCUUUGGCAGAAUCUCCUUCAACUUCUGGGCUAGGAUCUUCAAAAACCAAAACUGUAGCAAAUGUUUCCCAUGGAAGUCCACAGAUAUCGGAUGGAGAAGUGGCUUUAAGUGCUUCUAAAGCUACGCCUAAGCGCAAAGCUAGGCAAUCAUCUAAUAAGGCAGCUGGAAAGGAAUCUGCUAGAAGAGGAGGUCGUGUGAAAAAUGCAAGCCCUGUUAUACAGUCUGAAAAAGGUGAUAUAUCAACCAAAGUUUCCCAUGGCCCAUCUCCUGGUUUCAAGCUGAUGCAUUCAACUGAGGUGCAACAGUAUGGGCACACAGAUUCCAAUAGUGCAAAGGCAUUUUCUCUUGUAAAUACUUCAACAUCAUCUAGCCUUCCAGAUUUGAACACUUCUGCUUCUUCACCUGUCUUGUUUCAUCAGCCUUUCACAGAUCUGCAACAAGUACAAUUGCGUGCACAGAUCUUUGUCUAUGGAGCAUUGAUUCAAGGAACGACACCGGAGGAGGCACAUAUGAUAUCAGCUUAUGGGGUGACAGAUGGUGGAAGGAACAUUUGGGAGAAUGUUUGGCGUGCCUGCAUGGAAAGGCAGCAUAGUCAAAAAUCUCAUCACGUUACCCCAGAAACUCCUCUACAAUCACGAUCUGUUGCUAGAACACCUGAUAUGACAGUUAAGCAAAGUGAACUUCAAGGGAAAGUUACCUCUUCGCUUCUUGGUAGAGCUAGCAGCAAGGCUACUGCGACUAUUGCUAACCCCCUAAUGCCUCUGUCAUCUCCUCUUUGGAGUCUACCAACUCUCUCUUGUGAUUCUCUGCAAUCUACUGCUCUUGCAAGAGGUUCUGUUGUGGAUUAUUCCCAGGCACUUACCCCGUUGCAUCCGUAUCAAUCUCCACCACCGAGAAAUUUUCUUGGGCAUAGCACUUCUUGGAUAUCCCAAGCCCCACUUCGUGGACCAUGGAUUGGUUCUCCGACUCCUGCGCCUGACAACAGCACUCAUCUUUCUGCAUCUCCCACCUCAGAUACAGUUAAGUUAGGUUCAGUCAAGGGAUCUUCUUUGCCUCCUUCCUCAAGCAUAACAAAUGUUACUCCUGGUCCUCCUGCCUCUAGUGCACGCUUACAAAGUAUUUUUGUUGGAACUCCUUCUCAGCUUGAUGCAAACAAUGUGACAGUACCCCCUGCUCAGCAUUCUUCAGACCCGAAGCCCAAAAAAAGGAAAAAGGCUGUGCCAUCUGAGGAUCUUGGUCAGAAGGCUUUGCAGUCUCUGACUCCAGUGGUAGGUAGCCGUGCAUCUACCUCUGUUGCUGUUGCGACCCCUGUUGGCAAUGUGCCCAUAUCCAGUGUUGAAAAAUCACUUGUGUCUGUAUCUCCUCUAGCUGAUCAACCCAAAAAUGAUCCUAGUGUUGAGAAGAGGAUUCUGUCAGAUGAAUUUCUUUUGAAAGUUAAGGAGGCUAGGGUACACGCAGAGGAAGCUUCUGCUGAUUCUGCUGCUGCAGUGAAUCAUAGCUUAGAGUUGUGGAAUCAGUUGGAUAAGCAUAAAAGUUCUGGAUUUAUGUCAGAUAUUGAGGCCAAAUUAGCUUCUGCAGCAGUGGCAGUUGCAGCUGCUGCAGCUGUUGCAAAGGCAGCAGCUGCCGCUGCUAAUGUUGCAUCAAAUGCUGCAUUUCAAGCAAAAUUGAUGGCUGAUGAAGCUUUGAUUUCAUCUGGCUGUGAAAAUUCCAGCCAAAGUAACAAAGUUUUCCUUUCCGAGAGUACUAGUAACUUGGGACAAGCUACACCUGCUUCCAUUUUGAAGGGUGCUAAUGGCCCCAAUAGCCCUGGUUCUUUCAUUGGUGCUGCUAAGGAAGCUAUUAGGAGGAGAGUGGAAGCAGCUUCAGCUGCCACCAAAAGAGCUGAAAAUAUGGAUGCCAUUUUAAAGGCUGCUGAGCUUGCAGCAGAGGCUGUAUCUCAAGCAGGAAAAAUCGUAACAAUGGGUGAUCCUUUGCCAUUAAUUGAACUGAUUGAAGCUGGCCCAGAAGGAUGUUGGAAAGCAUCCCAAGAGUCUUCUCGGGAAGUUGGAUUAUUGAAAGAAAUGACCAGAGAUCUGGUGAACAGUGACAUUGUCAGAGAUGUUCCCGAAACUUCUCAUGAACAAAACAGAGACAUUUCAUCUAGUGGAAUUUCAUCAUCUAUCAUGAUCAACGAAAAUAAUUCAAGAGGGCAAAAGGCACGCAAUGUUUCUGAUUUAGUGAAGCCUGUUGACAUGGUUCCUGGAUCUGAGCCUGAAAUACAGGCUCCUUCUCUCACUAUUAGAAAUGAAUCUGAAAAUCUUGAGGAAACUAGUUUCAAGGAGGGCUCACUUGUCGAGGUCUUCAAAGAUGAGGAAGGUUAUAAAGCUGCUUGGUUCAUAGCCAAUAUUUUAAGCUUGAAAGAUGGUAAAGCUUAUAUAUGCUACACUUCGCUUGCAGCUGUUGAAGUUGCAGGGCCUUUAAAGGAAUGGGUGUCACUUGAAUGUGAAGGAGACAAACCACCCAGAAUACGCACUGCUCGCCCUCUGACUAGUUUGCAACCUGAAGGAACAAGAAAGAGGCGCAGAGCAGCUAUGGGAGAUUAUGCUUGGUCCGUCGGGGAUAGGGUUGACGCAUGGAUACAAGAAAGUUAUGUUAUCAGCUGGCGGGAAGGAGUAAUCACAGAGAAGAAUAAGAAGGAUGAAACAACUUUAACUGUCCACAUUCCUGCCAGUGGAGAAACAUUGGUUCUUAGAGCUUGGCAUCUCCGCCCGUCCCUUAUUUGGAAGGAUGGCCAAUGGCUUGAAUUUUCUAAGAUGGCAGCAAAUUCUACGCAAAAGGGAGAUACACCACAUGAAAAGCGACCUAAGCUGGGUAGUAGUAAUGCAGUAGAUGUGAAAGGGAAAGAAAAGAUGUCAAAAAAUGUUGAUGUUGCAGAGUCUACAAACCCUGAUGAUUUAGAGUUGCUUAAUUUGACUGAAAAUGAGAAAAUCUUUAACAUUGGUAAGAACACGAGGUCUGCCUUUCAAAAAGAAGAGUCAAAAGUCACUUUUGGAGUUCCUAAACCUGGCAAGAAAAGGAAGUUUAUGGAAGUGAGCAAGCACUACGUUGCACAUGGGAGCAGCAGAAAUGAUUCAGCUAAAGAUGCUAAUUCUUCGAUACCUCAAGGUUCAGAACUCCGAGGAUGGAGAAAUAGUUCAAAAAGUGAUACUAAAGAGAAACUUGGAGCUGACUCCAAACCCAAGACUAAAUUUGGAAAACCGCAGGGUGCUUUGGGUAGAGUGAUUCCACCAAGAAAUCCCUCUGCAUCCAAUACAAAAUUGACCAAGGAUUCUUCUAAUCAUUUAAAAGGUGCUUCACAGAGUGAAAGUCAGGCUGAGAGAGCACCCUCCACAACUGAUGGAGCCACACAAGUACCAAUCGUAUUUUCAUCUCUGCCAACUUCAACGGAUACUCUUCGUACCAAGAGGACACUCACAUCAAGAGCGAAUAAGGGAAAACUUGCACUUGCAGGUGAUAAACUACGAAAAGGUGGUGGGGAGAAAGCUUCAAUUGACAAACCCACAAAAUCAACAUCUGAAUCUGAUGUCCAUGAGCCACGGAGAUCCAAUCGCAGGAUCCAGCCAACCUCCAGACUAUUAGAAGGAUUGCAGAGUUCUUUGAUAGCCUCAAAGAUUCCUUCAAUUUCACAUAACCGUAAUAUUCCAAAGGGUAAUAAUCACCAGGGUUGAAUGGAAGGAGUUUGCAAUGCCGUACAGUUAUUAGAUGACCGACAAACCCAGCAUAGAUUUGUAUAUUUAUUUAUAAUUUAUAAUAGAGAAAACCUAGGAAUGGAAAUUCUUGUUUCCUUUGUUUUUAGGCAGAGACUAUAGGUCAAUAGAUAGAUGGUUGGUCAUAUUGAUUUAGUAUUAUUUAAAUUUGGUUUGAUCUUUUAGUCUUAUGGCACUGAUGGCUGUGCUGUAUAUGAAAGUUGCCUUGUUUGUAGAUGCUGAUCAAAUUAUUGCCUAUAUUUAUUGUGACUUCCAACUCUUCUAA